AGUUAUCUUUCGUAUAUUAUACACGGUCGAAAAUGAAAGUAACUUUUUUCAAAGAAUAACAUUUUCUCAAAUUCAUUAUCAGGUUUAUCAACUUAUCUACAUUGUUGUAUAUUAGUUUAAAAUGGACGACGAGGAGAAAUUGCACAUGAUAACUCGAGUUCGCGAGCUGUUCCACGGACGUUUCAACAGGGAGGAAGUAAGACGUCUCCUUGACAACCAUAAAUGGAAUCAAGCCGAAGCCGUGGACUUCGUCCUCAGUAGUGAUCCCAAAAUUGUGACGCAGCUAAUUACCGGGAAGUCAGAGCAAGAUAUCGUUGGUCUGACGGAGAACGAGUUACUGAUCUCGAAUGCUCAGAAAGAUAAGAUUCCUAACAAACGGCGACAGUUUGCCUGCGAGGCGUGUGACAACGUGUGGUGGCCAAGAGUUCCCAAACGAAAACCGGUUUCCAAGUGCAAGAAGUGCCAGCGGAAGUUUGACCCCGUUCCGGAAGACGAGGAAUAUGGCUGGGCGGGGUUUCAUUGUACCUGUGGGAACGAGUUCAGUGGAUUUGGACAAAAACAUGUGACGACCAGUGAAUGCUACAAGUGUCACAACAUGGUGACAGCAUCAUCAGUCCAACCACCGGAAGCUAGGAAAGGAAGAAAAUCCCGGAGCCGCCAUAGCUGUAGCGCUCCGGACUGUACCCACCGCAGUACAGGGCACCAGCCGACGUAUAACGAACGGCAAAACGCUACAUAUAGAGGCAGGGGUGGACCAAACCCGAGGGGUCGCGGAUACUCAAAUGGAUUUGCGGAGUAUAGCGGCCCGAGAUAUUCACGAGGGAAUCACAGAGGAGGCCAAGAAGCGCUAUUGUACGAAAGAGAUGCUUAUGUAACCCAGCAGGAAUUCGGACACCACGCGGAGUACCACGAACACAAUUAUGUAGGAGACCACCAUCCAAGCACAUGCGUCCAUCCCGAGUCACGUGAGGCCGUAGGCAAAAAGCGCGUGAUCGUUCCUAGUCUGCCUCACCGGAGUUCCGGUUCCACGGUAGACAGCUUGAUGUUAGAUGACGACGAGGCCUCCUCAGUGUUGUCCGGGUACCAGCCAAGUGUCGACGCCAUUCCCGAGGAACUGGAUGAUAACGAUGGCGGCGGUGAUUAACUAUUCCCUAGUCUGUUGCUUUUUUAAAUCAGCCAUAUUCCCACAAUGUUAUUAUUUAUCAGUAAUUUAAGUGAAAAUGUGCAAACUGGUGAUUUUGUUUUUACUACCCACCAAAUUGAUCCAUGCUUCCUCUACUGAGCAGUCUUGUAGUAUUAGUGUACAACACUGCUACGAAACGAACACCCCCCCUCUUUUUUCUAUCUAUAAUGAUUUGUAAACACUGACACAGUCUAGGCCUAUACAGUUGUAGAUUCAAAAGGCAGCAGCUAUACUACACAUACUACACUAUCAUAAUGUUUUCCAGCAUAACAUGGCAUGUGACCUUCAUCUGUUGUUGAAUUUUGUAUUGACCUUGACCUUUCAAACAUUAAGUCCUUCAAGCUAAUAACGCGUGGAAAAUUAUCUGAUCGUGUAGCGAUUAUCUGAUUUUGUAGAAAUUAUCUGAUCGUGUAGAGAUUAUCUGAUCGUGUAGAAAUUAUCUGAUCGUGUAGAGAUUACCUGAUCUUGUAGAAAUUAUCUGAUCCUGUAAACUUUAUCUGAUCCUGUAGAAAUUAUUUCAAGAUGUUUAAAUUAUCUCAUGGUGUAGACAUUAUCGCAUGGUUCCGUUAUACCCCCCCCCCCCCCCCCCCCCCCCCCCCAAUACAACCAUCCUAUUCCUUCUGAGUAUAUGUUUGUAGUUUGUUUACGUCAGAUUGAAAUGUCACCGCUUAUUGAGGACAGAAACAGCUUAUAUCUAUCAGUAGCAGAACAUUUUAAUAACAGUACAGGAUAUGUAGAGAGACAAGCCUAUCCCGUUCUGUCUGGGGAAUAGAGACUAGAGAGACGAGUUUAUCAUAUUCUCUUUGGGGAUAGAGAGAUGAGUUUAUCAUAUUCUCUUUGGGGAUAGAGAGACGAGUUUAUCAUAUUCUCUUUGGGGAUAGAGAGAGAGUUUAUCAUAUCCUCUUUGGGGAUAGAGAGACGAGUUUAUCAUAUUCUCUUUGGGGAUAGAGAGACGAGUUUAUCAUAUUCUCUUUGGGGAUAGAGAGACGAGUUUAUCAUAUUCUCUUUGGGGAUAGAGAGACGAGUUUAUCAUAUUCUAUCUUGGGGAUAGAGAGACGAGUUUAUCAUAUUCUCUUUGGGGAUAGAGAGACGAGUUUAUCAUAUUCUCUUUGGGGAUAGAGAGAUGAGUUUAUCAUAUUCUGUUUGGGGAUAGAGAGAUGAGUUUAUCAUAUUGUAUCUUGGGGAUUAUUCCAUUCUCUCUAGGGGAUAUACCGGCUUAUUGUGAGAUAAUCACAUUUCGUGUACUCGUACAGGUAAUACAAUACAUACAUAUAUCAUAGAAAUGUGAAAUAAUGAAAAUGUGAAACCAAUAGAAAUGUGAAACCAAUAGAAAUGUGAAACUAGUAAAAAUUUGAAACAAUAGACAUGUGAAACCAAUAGAAAUGUGAAACCAUAAGACAGUGUAACCAAUAGACAUGUGAAACCAAUAGACAUGUGAAACCAAUAGAAAUGUGAAACCAAGACAUGUGAAACCAAUAGACAUGUGAAACCAAUAGACAUGUGAAACCAAUAGAAAUGUGAAACUAGUAAAAAUGUGAAACAAUAGAAAUGUGAAACCAAUAGAAAUGUGAUUUUAUUGUUAGAUGUGGAUUUUGUUUCUGAUCUCACAAAAGUGAUUAUACACUGCACUGUAUAUCUAUAAUCUCUAUGUAUGAAUUAUAUUUGAUGAGUGUAAGAUUCUGAAUAAAAUUCAGUUCUAAAUAUCA